GGGGGCUACAAGUCAGGCAGGAGGGAGCACCCGCAGCACCUGCCUGGGGCAGCCUUCCCAAGAAGAUGCCACUGCUCCUGCUCCUGAUGGCCUUUCUCCUACCCCCUGGGACUGGGGCAGGGGAGAUCAUCGGAGGCCGAGAGGCCAGGCCUCAUUCCCACCCCUACAUGGCAUAUCUCCAAAUCGAUGGGCUCAAAGUUUGCGGGGGUUUCCUGGUGAGAAAUGACUUCGUGCUGACAGCAGCUCACUGCUGGGGAAGAACUAUCACUGUCACCCUGGGGGCCCACAACAUCCAGAGACAGGAACGGACCCAGCAGCGCACCGGGACUCUCAGAGCCAUCCGCCACCCUAACUAUGAUCCCCAGACCAACAGGAAUGACAUCAUGCUACUGCAGCUGGCAAGGAGAAUGAGACGGACGUCUGCUGUGCGGACAGUGACUCUGCCUCGUGCGAGGGCCAGGGUGAGACCCGGGGCCAGGUGCACUGUGGCAGGCUGGGGCCUGCUGGGCCUGAACAGGGGAACAAACAGACUUCACGAGGUGCAGCUAACCGUGCAGAGCGAUUCAAGGUGCUCCAAUCGCUUCACUUUCUACGACAGCCAAACACAAAUUUGUGUGGGCAACCCAAUGCAGAGGAAGUCCGCCUUCUUGGGGGACUCCGGAGGCCCCCUGGUGUGUAACGGUGUGGCCCAGGGCAUUGUCUCCUAUGGAGAUAGGAGAGGGUCUCCUCCAGCUGUCUUCACCAGGAUUGCAAGCUUCAUGCCCUGGGUUAACAGAACAAUGAGACGCUUCAAACAGCAGUGCCAGACCAGCCCCUCAGACCAGCCCCCCACGCUUUGAGUGACUCUGCCCUGGGGUGGCUCCAGGGAGGGUGUCAGAGCCUUAAUAAAUGUCCAUGUCUAGAGUGGAAAGAA